UUGGUUACAACUUGUUUCAUAUCUUUCCCCAAAUAGUGUGCCGGUCAGGAAGUGAGUGUGAGUUUCUCUUUAUGGUUUAUAUUUCAGUGGUUUAGGAAUGGCUUCACCUAUGGCAGUUCUAGCAGUGGAGGCAGAAAAGACACGAGGAAAGUAUGCUGCUAUAUCGAUAGCUGUCAUUGUAACUGUGAUAGGACUCCCUCUGUGGUGGAAGACAACAGAAACAUAUAGGGCCUCUCUGCCUUAUUCACAGAUUAGUGAGCUUGACAGUCUGUGGCUAGAGUUGAAAAUGCCAGUGGAGGUGGUCUUUGCAAAGGGCUCCCUGUCACUGGAACAUCAGAGAAGGAUUCCUACCAGCCUUUUGAAGCAGACUGAGCAGCAACUCAAUAUGAAAACUGGAUUUAGACGUACACUUGAGAUUAAGUGUCGUAUGGCAACUGUUAUGGAAGAAGAAGCCUUAAAGAUUACAGAUGUAGAAGGAAUGGAUAAAGCCCUUCAGUUAAACAGCAAUCCCCCUGGGUCUGUGGGAAUCUACAUUGUUCCAGGCACAUCCUCUCUUCCACAGGACAUCGGUGUUUACAUUGGAAAACACAGGACUGCAGUCCUGCAUUCAGUGCUGGAUAAAUCUAAGAGAUUUGAGGAGGCCAUGUCCAAUUGGAUGCCAAGAGUAGAAGAGAUUGUACAAGUAAUGUCAUUUUCCAAUGAUGAUCUACAUGCAGCUUUGUUAGACCGAAUUUCUGCAGGACAGUUUAGUAAAGAAACCUUUGCAGACAGUAUGAGAGCUUUCAAAUCCAGCUUGGAUUCUGUAUUAUGCCAUCCUAGGUGUUGUGCCUCGAUUCGACAAGAAAACUGGGAGCUACAAUUUGAAUGCUUAUAGCUUGCCUCAUGUAAUUAAUCCUGUGGAAGCCAGGCUUGGUUCUAAUGCUGCUUCGUUGUACCCUGUUUUAAACUUUUUGCUGUAUGUUCCUGAAUACACCCAUACACCCCUGUACAUUCAAGAUGGCACUGGAGUUCCAAUAAAGACCAAUGCUUUCCAUAGCCCUCGCUGGGGUGGGAUCAUGGUGUACAAUGUGGACCACAGGGAUUCCAAUGAGACUGUAUUUCCAGUUCAUGUCAGUAUUGACAUGGUACGCGUUAUGGAGGUUUUUCUUACUCAGCUACGGUUGAUGUUAGGGAUUCAGAAAGUGCAGAUGCCAAGUGACUUCUUUUUUCAGGACCCAGGGAAUGAGGGUGUGACAGAUUGGGAACUGGACCGAUUGUUGUGGUCUCGAACUGUUGAAAAUAUUGCUAUGGCCACUACUACCCUAACAUCAUUGGCCCAGCUUCUGGAUGAAAUUGGAAACAUUGUAAUUAAUGAUCAGAUUGGGUCUGAGGUGUACAAGGCUGUUGCUGCUGUGAAGAUGGCUAUUGCAGAACUGGAGGCUGGAAGACUAGAAACUGCUUUCCAAGCUAGCAGGGAUGCUAUUAAUUCUUCUGAGAAAGCAUUCUUUGAUCCCUCACUUUUGCACCUCCUGUAUUUUCCAGAUGAUCAAAAGUUUGCCAUCUACAUCCCUCUCUUUCUACCAAUGGCUGUCCCCAUUGUGUUGUCACUGCUGAAUAUUGUCAAAGAACAUAAAAGAAACAAGGGAAGAAAGGAGCCAACCAAACUAGAUUAACUUGUUUGUAGAUGUUUACAACAGAA